AUGAAGAACCAGACAGAAGUGCAUGAGUUCCUUCUUUUGGGUUUAACAAAUGACUACAAAUACAUUCUUUUCACAAUUUUCCUGCUACUCUACCUGGCCUGUUUGCUGGGGAAUGGUGCUAUUUUGGCAGUAGUCCUAAAUGAGUCCCGGCUUCAAACCCCCAUGUAUUUCUUUCUAGCCAAUCUCUCUUUUCUGGACAUAUGCUGCUCUACUGUUACAGUGCCAAAGAUGUUGAUGGGCUUCCUGAGGCCACACCAGUCUAUUUCCUUUGUUGGCUGCUUCAUUCAGUUGCAUUUCUUCCACUUCCUGGGCAGCAGUGAGGCUGUACUUCUUGGUGUCAUGGCAUAUGACCGCUACGUAGCUAUAUGCCACCCUCUGCAUUACACCAUCAUCAUGAGUAAAUUGUCUUGCCUUUUGCUUGCUGGGGCUACCUGGACAGCUGGCUUCUUUCAUGCACUGAUGCACACAGUGGUGACCUCCCAGCUGUGGUUUUGUGGCCCUAAUCUUAUCCAGCACUUUUUAUGUGACAUCAAGCCUCUUUUGAAAUUGGCUUGUAGCAGCACUGCUCUCAGCCUCACACUCCUUAAUAUUGUCACUGGCUCUGUUGCUCUUAGUCCAUUCCUUUUCACUGUUUUCUCCUAUCUCUACAUCAUUGUCUUCCUCUUUUUCAAAUACCAGUCAUGGCAGAGCUGUUGGAAAGCCUUCUCCACUUGUGUUUCUCAUCUCACAGUUGUGACUAUUUUGUAUAUCCCAGUUUUGGUAAACUACAUGGUUGCAUCUGGAAAUGAGUCAUCACAAAGGGAGAUGAGCAUCACUUUAUUAUACAGUGUGGUCACUCCAGUUUUAAACCCAUUGGUCUACACUUUAAGGAAUCAAGAGGUAAAAUCUGCUCUGAGGAAAUUCUCAUGCAAGAAAUUCUGUUGUGGGAGAAUAUAA